AUGCUAGAGCUUACGUUCACCUCUGCAACAAUCGCAUUGGCCUCCAAGUCCGCUCAAUUUCUCUCGACCGAUGAAGAUGUGCUAUCGAAGCCUCGAGGUGCCGAUGCCCCAUACAGGAUCCGCAAUUAUACAGGCUUUGAUCUUAAUAUAUGGGCUGCUUCGAGAGAAGAGGACCAGGGAUCUGCUGCAAAGCUUACUGAUGGCGAAGAGAUUCCGUGGCGCUUCGAAGAUCCAACUACAAUGCGCGAGAACCUUACCCCAGAAGGCAAUUCUGGUAUUGUUGGCAUCAAACUUGAAGGCAGUGGAUUCGACAGCGUAGAAAGAAUUAGUGUCAAUCGCGAGGGCGAAAUAUUGUACAACUUAAAGCCUAGGAAAGACAAAGUCCUACAUCGGCUUUUAGUAGACGUAAAGCUAGGCAUUGAUAACGUGAAGUAUAUCACCUUCCGCUCGCCGCUUCUGGUCGAGAAUCUUACACAAAUUCCGGUGGAGAUUGGCGUGUUCAGUCCAGAAGAGGGCCACCUGCUAAAGAUUGAGAAAAUUGCUCCUAGCGAAUCAAGGCCAGCACCCGUGGGUGCAGCUUUCAUGCAUUCCUUGAUCGUUCGACCUGAUCCAGGUUUUGGCUAUGCUUGGUCUAAUGAAAGGCUCUUCUGGAAAGACCUAUUGAAACGUUCCACACGAACGAUAUCGUGUCGCGGUGAAGGGAGCGAUCAGUCUCCCCCUUUCUAUUUCCAGCUGAAUGCAGCAUAUGACAAGAAUGAUCCCAUGACAAGUGUCUACCCAUACAUGCGUCUUCGACUACAUGCACCGAUUGAGGUUCAGAACCUCUUGCCUUACGACUUCAAGUACCGUAUCUACGACAAGAGCACUAAGAAAGACUGGACGAAUUUUCUACGCAAGGGUGGCGUUAGUCCUGUGCAUGUGGUAGAGCUGUCGCACGUACUGUUGCUAAGUAUUGAGAUGCAAGACACCGUUUUCAAACGUAGCGAAUUCGCUGUCGUCAAUUCUAGUGUCCAGGAAGACUUUCAUCGAGAGAAGACGUUGCCAUGGGGGGCUUUCAAGGUCUCCGUUUACUCCCCAUACCUCGUUUUGAAUCAAACUGGUCUCGACAUUAACAUCCAAAGCAAGACGAUGUUCGCAUCUAGCAAAUCUGCAGCCGGACAAGGCAUGAAAAUGGAUUCUGCUCACGGCACGCGUAAAGCUCUUCCAUACAUGUUCUCCUACCCGUCGGAUGAUCGUAAGAACCGUGCCAGCAUCAAAGUUGGUGACUCAGCUUGGAGUAAGCCCCAAAGCUUUGAGGCCAUUGGCAGCGCUUACGACGUAGUCGUGCCUUCCACCUCUUCUAAGACUGAAACAAAUAUCGGUGUUUCUGUCUUAGAAGGCGAGGGCAAAUACAACUUGACCAAGGUCGUUACGGUAGCGCCUCGAUUCAUCGUCAAGAAUAAGAUCAAUGAAGAUAUCGAUGUUCGAGAACCAGGCUCCUCAAACGUAAUCAAGCUAAAACACGGAGAUCUUGCUCCUUUGCAGUCCCUACGUCAAUCUGCUGAGAAACAACUCAGUCUAUGUUGGCCGGGGGUGAAUAAUCAUUGGUCUUCUCCCUUCAAUAUCUCGAACGUUGGUACCGUGCAUGUCAAGCUUGCUAAAAAUGGGCAACGGCAGCAAUUGAUUCGUGCGGAAAUCAUAAUGGAAGCUGCUACAAUAUUCUUACACCUGAGCAUCGAAACCAAACACUGGCCUUUCUCUAUGCGGAAUGAAAGCGACAUAGAAUUCAUGUUUUAUCAAGUCAAUCCGAACCUUUCUGAAAAUGAGUACGAUCGAAACUCCUCAUGGAAGCCCAUUCGCUACCGGCUACCAGCGAAAAGCAUCAUGCCAUAUGCUUGGGACUAUCCUGCGUCGAAGAACAAGGAGCUGAUGUUGAUUGCUAACGAUAAGGAACGUCGAAUCAAGCUUGCAGAGAUUGGAAAUUUGGUGCCAUUCAAAGUACCAGCGGCGCAAGGCCGACCACCCAGGAUUAUUGAUCUUAAUAUCGUCGCAGAUGGACCCACACAGACACUCGUGAUCUCUAAUUACAAGCAGUCGAAGAGUCUAUACAAGCAAAAGUCAAACCAGGCGCAGUCAUCACAGAGCAGCCUGGCUACAAACUUCGAAGUCAAGGAACCUGAGUCAGAGGUGACCUUUAAGGCUAAUCUCCGACUUGCUGGUAUUGGUAUAUCGCUCGUAAACAGGCAAUUGAAAGAAUUGCUGUACCUGACGUUACGGGAAAUUGAAUUCAAAUACUGUGACUCGAAGCUAUACCAGACGCUUAAUGCUACCAUCAAGUGGAUACAGAUAGAUAAUCAGCUUUAUGGCGGCAUCUUUCCAAUCUUGCUCUACCCUAGCGUGGUGCCAAAGACCGGCAAGGAAAUGGAGGCACAUCCAAUUUUCCACUCGAUGGUCACUAGAGUCAAGGACGAUUCAUACGGUGUCCUCUACAUCAAGUACUUCACCUUGCUUCUGCAGCAGAUGACGGUCGAGCUCGACGAGGACUUCAUUUUUGCUAUGCUAGACUUUGCCAAGGUCCCAGGUGCAUCGUGGUCCGAAGAAGCAACAGACAAGCUGUGUGACGAAGACUUGAGUAUACCCGAGCCGCAAAAGCAAGAGCAAGGCCAAGAUGUCUACUUUGAAUUCUUUCACCUGCAACCUAUGCAAAUCGACUUAUCAUUCGUUCGGACUGAGCGCAUCAACGCUGAGGAUACUGCUUCGUCCUCUAAUCCCCUAGUAUUUUUCGUGAACGUGAUGACGAUGUCGGUAGGGAACGUGAAUGACGCUCCAUUGAGGUUAAAUGCCCUCAUGUUAGAGAAUGCACGCAUAUCCAUUCCUGCUCUCAUGUCCAACGUGCAAAGUCACUACACUCAGGAGGUUUUGAGGCAGGUACAUGUGAUUCUUGGUUCUGCCGACUUCCUCGGAAACCCAGUUGGCUUAUUUACCAACGUUAGCUCUGGGGUUGCAGACAUAUUCUACGAGCCAUACCAAGGCCUUGUCAUGACCGAUCGGCCGCAAGAGUUGGGCAUAGGUAUUGCAAAGGGGGCCUCUAGCUUUGUCAAGAAAUCCGUCUUUGGUUUCUCUGACAGCAUGGCGAAAUUCACUGGUAGUAUGUCAAAAGGGCUGGCGGCGGCGACACUUGACAAAGAGUAUCAAGAUCAAAGGCGAAUGUCUAAGUCUCGCAACCGACCGAAACAUGCCCUUUAUGGCGUCACUUCAGGUGGCAAUGCCUUUGCAAGCAGCUUAGCCAGUGGGAUCGGUGGCCUUGCAAGGCAUCCGUUGCAAGGCGCUGAAAAAGAAGGGUUUGAGGGCUUCAUGAAAGGUGUCGGGAAAGGUUUCCUUGGACUAGCCACGAAGCCCGCCAUUGGGGCUUUCGACCUCGCAUCUAAUAUGGCCGAAGGCGUUCGUAACACAACCACGGUUUUUGAUCAGGAAGGUCUCGACCGCGUCCGCCUCACCCGAUUCAUCGGCCUGGACGGGAUUGUUCGACCAUAUGCCCAACGCGAAGCUCUAGGUCAAUUUUGGCUAAAGACUGUGGACGACGGCAAAUAUUUCAAUGAGGAUUAUAUUGCUCACCUUGAAAUGCCAAGCAAGGAUGUAAUGGUUAUGCUGACCUACAGCCGUAUUUUGCUUGUCAAGACAAAGAAGCUGAAAAUGGAAUGGGACAUCAAGCUGAAUGAUAUCCAGACCAUCUCGAAAGAGCGAACAGGCAUGAACGUCACUCUCAAAGGAGGAACCAAUGGACCGUUCAUUCCAGUAUCCGACGAGGCAAGCAGGAACUGGCUGUACAAACAGAUUGGAAUUGCUGUGAAUGCUUUUAACGACAAAUAUAACGCCAAAGGAUGA